GAGUGCAACAACUUGUUGUUUUCGGUUGGGUUGGUUCUGUUUCUGUUGUGCAAUAUAUUUUGUCUUGGUUUAUGUCCCAUGAGAUAAGACAACUCAGGUGGGAUCGUGCGGUUUGGAAUCAUGAAUUGGGGUCUAAUGAAAAGAAGUCAGCUUCAUGCUAGGCCAUCACCUUCAUGUGGACUAUGCACAAUUGCCGAAGAAGCAGAUAUUGAUUAUGCAUUUCUCCGGCUUCAAAAGCUUGAAGAAAUCAAUCGAACAGUCCAAAAAGAGUGCAAGAACCUGAAAGAGUCAUUUUCCACUUUAGCCCGUUGUGAACAGAAGCUCACUUCAGAUCUGUCAUCAUGUAACCAAGUGUAUGAAGAGGAACAUUUCAGAGUCUUAGCAGAAGAAUACCACUCAGUUUCCAAACAAAUGGGGGAAUCUGCCAAACAAUUUUCUGAUAUUGUACAAGUUACUGUGAAUGACCCCUUAAAGAAACUUGCUAAUGAAUUUGGAAGUGCACAAACAGCUAUUAAAAAAAGAGAUCAAAUGAUUACUGAUCUCCUUCCUGUAAGAAAACAGUUAGAAAAACUCAAGGAAAAGGAGAGAACAGGAACAAACAUUGCAAGGACAGAGCAGCUUAAACGUUCCUUAUCUGUUAUGGAAGGAGAUUUUAAAACUACAAACAAACAACUAUUGAAUGACAUGAACACAAUGUUGGAUCUGCGAGCAGAUUACAUUGAACCAUCCCUGUUAGCAUUAAUUCGAGCCGAAACUAAUUACUAUGGUGAAUGCACGAAACUAUUCAAUUCAUUAGUCCUUCACAGCGGCACUAGUCCUAAAAGAACUUCUCCGAAAGCGACAAAAAGCGAACCAGCUGCUUCAGAGUUAAUAGCACAAUUUAGUCAAGAUAUGCAAGCUAUACGUGCUCUUUCCAUUGUUGCUGAUAAGUAAAAUUAAAGCUAUGCAUUACCAAAAAUUUGUUGUAACAGUCCAUCCAGCAUCCUAUACCCGUCACAUUUCUUUCCUAUAAUAAUAUUUAGUAUUGGUGUGCACUCAAGUGUCUUAAAAACUGUUAUAAAUACUUUUAUAAAUACAGAGUACAUUUUUCGUCGAA